UCUCCAGUUCUACCAGCAGGGAAACCUACUAUUUUGGGAACAAAUGCAAAAUUCGAAGUUGGAAACGAAGUCAACGUAACAUGUACAGCACAGGCCUCCAAACCAGCAGCUUCGCUGAGAUGGUUUCUUAACGAAGAAGAGAGCCCUUCGUCUUAUGUGUGGCAUCCUCCGAUGAUAAAAUAUACAAAUGACCUCAUGAGCUCGCGUCUAGGGUUAUAUUUAACCCUCACGUCAUCUCAUCUUCAACUCGGGGAGCUGAAGCUAAGGUGUUUAGCGUCCAUAUCUCAAGCGUACUCUAUCACGACUGAAGAGGUCAUUGUGGGAAACAGUGUCAGGCCCUCUGGAUACUUCACAACUCCCAACGGACCGACCAUCGACGGUGGACUGCAGCCUCGUUACCAGGUCGGUGAUAUGAUGAACGUCAACUGUACCUCAGCCUUGGCAAAACGUACAGCUAAACUAUCGUGGUACAUUAACGAUAAUGAGGUUGAUCCCAGUUAUCUAGUGCACUAUUCUCCACGCCAGCAUCCCGAUAAUCUCGUCUCUACUGUGAUGGGACUGAAGUUUAAAGUACGAGCAAAUCAGUUCCAGAAAGGGGAGAUAAGGUUAAAAUGUACUGCCACGCUUUUCCGAAUAAUAGACGAGCGAAGUAUUGAAACUGUAAUAGGCGGGAAACAACAAAGUUCCGGACUUCAUAUAUCUGAAAGUACUAGUUCAGGUGAAAUCUUCAACUUCUUAACAUAUAACUGUGGUUUGUUUUGUUUGUUUUUUGUUUCAAAGUUCCGGACUUCAUAUAUCUGAAAGUACUAGUUCAGGUGAAAUCUUCAACUUCUUAACAUAUAACUGUGGUUUGUUUUGUUUGUUUUUUGUUUCGAAAUUCCGGACUUCAUAUAUCUGAAAUUACUAGUUCGGGUGAAAUCUUCUAUUUUUUAACAUAUAACUGUGGUUUGUUUUGUUUGUUUUUUGUUUCGAAAUUCCGGACUUCAUAUAUCUGAAAUU